AAAAAUAUGUUUAUUAAAUACUUAAAUAUUUUUAUUCUAUUAAAAGUUAUAAAUUGUGACCAAGGAAAUUUUUAUCCACAAAAUUAUCAAUACAGCAACACACUUGCAUGUCCAGAUAAUAAAAUAUGUAUUCCACUGGAUUAUUGUUCUGAAAUGGUGAAUUUAUUACGUGAAGCAACAUUUCCAGUUCACCGAUUUCGACAAGCUGUUUGUGGAUAUGUAGGAAAAACUACCAAAGUUUGCUGUAAUUCUCCUCGUGAUACUAGCAAUACUAUUCAGAAUUAUAAUAACGAUCCUAGUUAUUCAUCAGCUUCUAAAUCUUCGCGAAAUUGUGGACAGAGUUUUGUAAGAAGUAAUACUCCAACUCUAGGAUCAUUUCCUUUUCUUGCUAGGGUUGGAUUUAUCAAUUUAAAUGAUGGAAGUAUAAAAUAUUCGUGUACUGGAACUAUUUUAAAUGAACGAACAGUGUUAACUACAGCUACAUGUGCUUUAGCUAGUUCUGAUGAAUAUAAGCUACAUUCGGUGUUGAUUGGAGAGUUUGACACAUCAUCAAAUCCAGACUGUAAUCAAUUAUUCUGUGCGUAUUGCACGCAAUCAUAUGAAGUAUCUUAUGUUGUAAAACAUCCGAAUUUUGAUGCUAAAAUUUUUGAACAUAAUAUUGCUCUUUUACGCCUCAAUAGUUCUGUUCCUUUUACACUAACAGCGCAGCCUAUUUGUUACUCUGAUCAGCAAUACAUUCCAAUAGGGUGUACUGCAUUACUCGUAGGCUGGGGAAAAGUGUCUCAUUAUAAAGAAUCAACUCAACAACAAGUAUUACCAAUUAAAAUACUGCCUACUCAAGAUUGCAAUGAAUUUUUAUCUCAAGGUUUAAGCGUUGAGUUAUGUGGAAUAGGUUUUCAAGAUGCUUGUUCAGGGUUCAGUGGUAGUCCUUUGCUCAUUGGUGAUGCGAGUGGUUAUUCGGUGGUUGGGAUGUUAUCAUACGGUUCUCAGUGUAAUCAACAGUUGCCGUCAGUAUUUAUAAAUGUUCAAAACUAUGCUAGGUGGAUCACUGAAAAUUCUUGA